AGAGGAUGGAGUAAGUGAAAUAAAUCCACACUUCUUAUUUCUCAGAGCCACAUUUUUGUAAUUUGGCAGGAGGAGUGGGUUUUGGAUCACUGCGCCACAUUACAAGAAAACGUCCUAGUUCAUGUUAGUAGUUGAAACCAGCAGCCUAUCUCUUUUUACGCACACCCUACUCCAGUGAAGGCAGCAGCAGUUCAGAUCAGAUUUCACAUUCAGCUCCGACCAGCUGAGAGAGACAGCCAGGGAGCAGGAGAGCUCGUAUCUCCGCUUUCCCCUCCGAGACCCCCCCCCCCUUUCUGUUUGGCGAGCGCCAGAAAAAGCCCCAGCGAGGAAAAAGUGGGUGCGCGGCGCAAAUAUCAAAACACCACCGGGAUUUGCCCCCCUCCUUUUUUGUCUUUUUAUGUAUUUUUGCAGGAUUUCAGCUGCGAGAGCGACACAGAGAAUAAGAUAGAGAGAAGAGAUGGACGAGCAGCCGAGGUUGAUGCACUCUCACACGGGGGUAGGCAUGGCAGGGCACCCCGGCCUGCCGCAGCAUAUGCAGGAAGGCACCGGAGGAACGGACGGCGACGGGAGAAAACAGGACAUUGGAGACAUUUUACAGCAAAUUAUGACCAUCACGGAUCAAAGUCUGGACGAAGCCCAAGCGAGGAAACACGCUCUGAACUGUCACAGAAUGAAGCCAGCUCUUUUCAAUGUCUUGUGUGAAAUCAAAGAAAAAACAGUGCUGAGUAUCCGCGGCGCUCAGGAGGAGGAGCCCCCGGAUCCCCAGCUCAUGCGGCUGGACAACAUGCUGCUGGCAGAGGGCGUCUCCGGUCCGGAGAAAGGCGGAGGCUCGGCGGCGGCGGCAGCUGCUGCAGCGGCCUCAGGAGGAGCAGGGGCAGACAACUCUGCAGAGCACUCCGACUACAGGGCCAAGCUGUCCCAGAUCAGACAGAUCUACCACACAGAGCUGGAGAAGUAUGAACAGGCAUGUAACGAGUUCACCACCCACGUGAUGAACCUCUUGCGGGAGCAGUCACGCACGCGGCCGAUAUCGCCCAAAGAGAUCGAGCGCAUGGUGAACAUCAUCCACCGCAAGUUCAGCUCCAUCCAGAUGCAGCUCAAACAGAGCACCUGCGAGGCCGUAAUGAUCCUGCGCUCCCGCUUCCUCGAUGCCAGACGGAAAAGACGAAACUUCAACAAGCAGGCAACAGAGAUCCUGAACGAGUAUUUCUACUCACACCUCAGUAACCCCUACCCCAGCGAGGAGGCUAAAGAAGAGCUGGCAAAGAAAUGUGCCAUCACAGUUGCCCAGGUUUCCAACUGGUUUGGGAAUAAAAGAAUCAGAUACAAGAAAAACAUUGGUAAGUUCCAAGAAGAAGCCAACAUGUACGCUGCGAGAACUGCCGUGAAUGCGGCUAAUGCAUCCUCACAUGGAAGCCAAGCAAAUUCACCCUCAACUCCAAACUCUGCAGGUUCUGCUGGCUCUUUUAACAUGUCAAACUCCGGGGACUUGUUCAUGAGCGUGCAGUCUCUCAAUGGGGACUCGUACCAGGGGGCUCAGGUGGGAGCCAACGUGCAGUCGCAGGUGGAUACCCUUCGCCAUGUUAUCAGUCAGACAGGCGGAUACAGUGAAGGACUCACGGCCAACCAGAUGUACAGUCCGCAGGCCAUCAAUGCAAACGGUGGCUGGCAGGAUGCUCCGACCCCCUCAUCAGUGACUUCACCCACAGAAGGACCCGGAAGCGUUCACUCUGACACCUCCAACUGAUCCUCCACCCGCUCACCCCUCCAUCCUUUUCUUCCUAACUUCCUCCAUCACUGCACUCCCAGCCAUAUCUCCCAAAACUAAUGCUGAACCCCAUCGGGGACAGGACAUGACGUGCUGCGUGUAGUCACACGGCGGGACACAGUUGGGAUCUCGGAUGACAUUUUCACCAUUAUGGACAAAUAUUUCACUUUUCCUAUCUGGACCAUCGCAGCACCGUUAGCAGCCUGCGUAGGAGACUCAUAUCUACACUUCACAGUUUGUACAGUUUCCACUCGAUGUCCAUGUUGCCUCUUUGUAUUUCUCUUACAUUAUAUGUUCACACAGUAGGCACACAGAUAGCAGAGUAACGCCCCACAUCUUGUAAAUUGAAACGCUUUCACACUACCUCUAUUCGAAAUAACAGAGAAAAAAACAUUUCAAAUGCUUUGGUUUUACAAAUUUUUAUAAUUAUUGGAAUUUUACUGUACACCACACCAUGCCCUGUCAUUACACCUCUGUUUUUAUUACCGUGCUCACAAAUUUUGUUUAUCUAUAGUGCCAAAGUUCAACCCUGGAGGUGAAUUUUGAUAAUGUUACAUUAUAUGUUUGUAUGUCAUGUCCUUACAUUUUUCAUGUCAUACUUAGUAUGAAGUAUUAUUAUGUUAGUCCAGUCAUAUUCUUCUAAUUCUGGUCUGGUAAUACCCAAGUAUUCAGCCUUGAUUUAUAUAGUUUGUAUUCAGAACUUCUACAAUAGACAAUGGCAUAUAAGGUAUUUUAUAUUUUAUUGCCAGGGUAGUAGGUUUUCUGCUCAUAUGCAGUACAAUAAUGCAGGAAAUCACAUCUUUUACACAAACAAUUUACAUAUUGAGUUACAGAGAGUGUUGCAGUUCUGUCAUGCAUGUUGGCUGCACCACAGUAUUCAAAGAAAAAUUGACCUGAAAUGCAUUAAUUGGAGGAAAACAUUAGCAGCAAUUACGGCACGUCAAUAUGUAUUAAAGCACAAUAUCACCUAAUGAUUGAACUCAAAGGGCAGCAUUUGUAAAUUUGAAAACAAUACAGAGGAAAUUUUAAGAUUUAACUAUAGUAGUCAUAUAUGGAAGAAAGAGCGUGUACACACCAGUACAUUAUCAUACAUUGUCAGUGUGUAUCAGUGAGAUCAAUAGAGCCAAAAACUGCUGGGAACCAAAUCCAAAAAAAAUUUUUAAUUCUGAUUUUAAGCUACUAUGUUGACGGGAAUUAACACAUUGCAUGAUUAUAUUUGUGUAAUAAUCUUGUGAAUGCGAUGAGAACAUUUUUAGCACAGACUAGAUUUUGGUGUUUGCCCAAAUUAAAUUAUUCUUUACACGAUAGGAAUAUUCUUUGUGCGCAAGCAAAAUAAUUUAUUUCUGCGCUCAAAAUAUCCCAUUGCACUCUCAGGAUUGCAGCACAAAUAUAACGCUGUAUGCAUUCAGUGCUGAAAAAACACGGGGUCACUUUUCCCGUAACCCCUGUUCUCUGAUAACAUUAGUGAGAAGAGUCCCUUCACUUUCGUUUUGUUUUAAAAUGACACUAAAAAUCCCACAUUCAUCAACACAAACCAAUCCAAAAUGUGAAAUUAAAUUUAUUGUAUGUACAGUAUAGUAUGUGGUCUAACAUGUAUACAUGAUUACAGUAGUCCUCAUAAGAUAUCUGCAUUUACAUACUUUGAUACCAAAAAAAUGGCAGAAUUUUUAUCCUCUACAUUGGGAUCAGCUUUACUGACAUUUUCUUUUUCCUCUUUUCGUAGGAUUUUAGGACCUGCGUUACUCAGUAUAUCAUAAUGCGCUUGUACUCUGUAUUCAAAGCCAAAAAAAUGCAGUUGGAAUACAGAAGUGUUUAUAUAAAUUCAAAUGGAAACAAAUACACUGAUGGCACACAAAUCCAGAUAAUGUUUGGAUAUAUUUUUAUGUCUCCAUUUUGUGAAUAACUCAUUUCUUUUGUUUUCAUCUGAUAUUAUUUGCUUUGCUACAGGACUGUUUCUUUUUUUUCAAUGUUACCAUUAUAUGUGAAUUAGCCCAAGAAUGCUCUAUAUACAGUAUGUAGAUAUGCACCUUUAAUCUUUUUUUGCAUCUUUGAAUUUGGGCAGUAGCCUUUUUAACAUGGCCUGAUAGAGCUCCUGUUGGAUUUAGGGUGAAAUCAUUAUUAUUAUUUUAUACUCUGACCAACAAAACAAGCCUGCCUUCAAGAUGACUACUGUCCGAAUAAAGGUGACGUGAAAAGUUAUUGUUAACAUGCCCUCUGGAAUUGCUUUUAGCUUAACCCUUACAGAAAACUAAAUUUAAUCCCGAGGUCCCAAACAGUUACUAUACAGCCUGAAAAACACAGGUAUUUUUUAACACUUGUCAGUGUGUUUGUAUUUAUUACACAUGUAUGAAAUCAUGGAUGUUUCAGAGCUACUGUCUGGAGGUCAACCACGGCAUGAUAACAACAAACAAACCCAUUUGGAUCAUUCUGAGUGGCUCCUACUCGACUCACCUGCUCAGUAUGACAGUCGAGAGUCCGAGCACCAUUGAAGUGAUGCACAGAACCUGCCUCAGUCGUGUCUUCUGAAGUCAUUGGAGUGAAUUGACAGCACUGGCCAUGCAAGGCAAACACAAGGAUUGUUUUUUCGCCCCUGAAAAAAGGCUUAACUCUUCUUUUCACAUUGCCUGUCAAAUAUUAUCGAAGCUUCAUGUAAUGAUGCUUUUUAGUUUUUGAAUAUAAAAGGAAAAGAGACAUGAAAAGAAAAAUGAACAAUUUGUAAAACAUAAAAUGUUUUAUUUGUUGCAUGUCUUUUUGUUCUUCAAUAAAAUAACGUACUGCAGUGUUUUGAAUGUUCACUUCUUUUUUAUAAGGAUUUUGGAGUGAAAUCGUGGAGCCCUUUUUCUUGACAGGUUUUAACUUUUAAGAUCUCUGCGUAUGUAAAAAAGCUAUCAAAUGGAAAACUAUUGUCUUUUUAAUUCCAAUUCAAAACAUGUUUUCUGUGGAGAAAAAUAGCUGAAAGGUGUAGGUUUUAUGGUCUCUUCAUUUGUACUGGCAAUGCGUAUCCCAAAUAAAUUGUUUCUUUUGUUGCAUAAA